GAUUUUUAGCGUCGUAAACCUGAGACUUACCGCUGAAGCCAGCGCCCUGGUGUGUGUGACGUAAUCUCUCAGUCGAAACGUUUCACCACACUGUGCAGAAUCGAUUUACUCGAGCAACGCUGUAGUUAAGAUGGCAGUGGAUUUUACAGCAACCUACAAAAUUUUGGUACUUGGAGACAGUAACGUUGGAAAAACGUGCAUUGUUCAUCGCUUUUGUGACGAGAAAUUUUACGACACCUACAUUUCAACAAUAGGAAUCGACUUCAAGCAAAAAAUUAUCAACUUAGAUGGCAUGCCAGUAAAGCUUCAGAUCUGGGACACCGCUGGACAAGAACGAUUCAGAACUCUGACAACAGCUUAUUACAGAGGAGCAAUGGGCAUUAUACUAAUGUAUGACGUCACAAAUAUGGAUUCCUUUAAUCACCUUUCUUAUUGGUUCCGUAAUGUUGAAGAGAAUGCCUCACCAGAUGUCGCAAAAGUUUUAAUUGGAAAUAAAUGUGAUGCCUCACACCUUCGCCAGAUUGAAAGAGAGAGAGGAGAAAAAAUAGCGGACAGCUUCAGCAUUCCGUUUUUCGAAUGCAGUUGUAAGCAUAACAUCAAUAUUCAGGAGACUUUCUUAGCGUUAGCAAGACUAGUUCGGCAAGAAAGGGAGCGAAGGGCCAGUAAAUUCGAUGAAAUAGAAAGACAGCAGUGGGACAAAGGGCACAUAACUGAAGCCGAGCAAGUUACAGCAGGAAGUUAUCGUUGUACUUGUUGAAAAGUAUUAUGUUCUAAGUAUUAGCAGAUGCACGUGGUAUCGUGUGAAAAAUGUUGCUAUUGCGCAAGGUUUUGAGAGAUUUUCUCUUAGAGCUUCUAAGAUCAUGAUAUAAUAUUUUUAUUUGAUAGAUGCUUAAAAUGGGCCAGCUUUUGGAAACGCUGAGACUCUCGGUUGCUAUUAUCCAACAAAACAUUUAUUAUCUAAAAACUUUCUAUAUCUCCCGUAUUUUAUGUUCGUAUUUGUUUUACACCGUACAAAUUUUAUUAGUUUAUUUUAUUCUUUGUAUAACAUUAAUCAUGACAGUUCACAUAAAAACAUUUAAAUCAAAAUAACACGUAUAGUUUUCUAAUAGAAAUUAACCAUAAGGUGUUGAAUGUUUUGAAUUAUUGGUAAGAGAGUUCAUUGUAUUUAAAAAGAAAUGAAAAAAACGGUAAUUGAAAGUUUCUUCUUUUGUUUAGAAAAUA